AUGGCGCACGCGGAGUGGGACCUGUGGGGCCGCCUGGAGAAGAUAGUUCAGGACGGCAGUUACAUGUCCGCAAACGAGGAGUUCACGGCCCUGAAGGGCUUGGUCCAGAGAGCCGAUGCCUCCGAGCUCUCCGCGCAGCUGGCGAGAGCACCCUUGGCCUGGGAGUUCCUGCUGACCUUCGGAGCAAAGAAGCCCUUCUACAGGUCGCACCUCUGCCAAGUGGUCGAGGCCUUGCUGGCGCAGCCCAGAUGGCGGGAGGUGUAUGCCAGCAGCCAGGAGCUGCAAGAGAAGGCAGCCGAUCCCGCGCUUCACGCGGACAUCAAGAAGGCCUUGGCUGCAGUGCCCGCUGCACCUGCCUCCGUGGCCGCCAGCAAGAAGGCGGAGAAGCCACGAUCAGGUGGUCCGAGCAAAGAUGUGGAGUGGCCGAGCUGGGAAGUGCUCCAGGAGGUGGUACAAAAGGAGACCUUCAUGGCUGCCAACGAGGAGUUUCGGGUUCUGAGGCUAGCUGUGCUUGCGGCAGAUCCCGUGCAACUGGCCAGUCAGGUGGCGCACGCACCAAUGGUGUGGGAGUUCAUCGCCGGGUUCGCCGCGAAAAAGUCGCACUUCAGGUCCCAGGUGGUGGAAGUGACCAGCGCUUUGCGGAAGGAACGCGGCUGGGAUGAAGCCCUCGAGGCUGCCCAGCCUUCCCUGCGCAGCCGCAUCAACGAGUUACCUGAAGCGGCUUCAGCCGUGCGCGGGCAACUGAGUCGUGCCGACCAGUCUCCCGCAGCUUCUGGCGGAGACUCCAGUCUCGGCGAUGUCGGCGAGGAGGAGCACCAGACCCCCUACACAAGUCCUGAUUUCCAGUCCCUGGAGGAAAGGUGCCAGCUGCGGGAGUCUUGGGGCUUGGGGCUCGGGGCUCCGGGGUAG